AUGGCAAAUGGGCAUGAAUCCCACCAGGGUCUUCUUCAUUCCUUGCCCAAAGAAAAAGGGUGGAUUGGCCUUCCCCUUUAUCAAUAUCAAGGCUCAUGGUGUCAUGCUAAGGGGAUACAAGCAGCAAUAUCCUUACAAAACCACUUCCAUGCAAUUGAGAGUGAUGUUAUAUUAGUCACCACACCAAAAUCAGGUACUACUUGGUUGAAGGCCUUGGCUUUUGCUAUCCUUAAUCGUCACAGAUACACUAAUCUUUCUCAAAACCCUUUGCUUACACACAACCCUCAUGAUCUUGUUCCCUUUUUUGAAUUUAAUCUCUACACAGAUAACCAGCUUCCCAAUUUAUCAGAUCUUCCUUCUCCAAGGCUUUUUGCAACUCAUAUUCCUUACCCAUGGCUACCAGAAUCCAUCAAGAUCUCCAACUGCAAAAUUGUCUAUCUAUGCCGGAAUCCGAAAGACACCUUAGUCUCUUAUUGGCACUUCACCAACAAGGCAAGACCUGAAAUUCUUGGUCCACUUUCAUUAGAAAAAGGUUUUGAGUUGUUUUGUAAGGGAAUAACAGGGUUUGGACCCUUUUGGGACCAUGCCCUUGGCUACUGGAAUGAAAAUUUAGAGAGGCCUCAAAAAGUGUUAUUUUUGAAGUAUGAAGAAUUGAAGAAAGAUAUCAAGUAUCAGGUGAAGAGACUUGCAGAGUUCAUGGGAUACCCUUUUACCAUAGAAGAAGAGAGAGAUGGUGUAAUAGAUGAGAUAUCAAGAUUGUGUAGUUUUGAGUGUUUAAGAAGUCUGGAGGUGAACAAGUCAGGAAAAUCCAUUUCCUACUUUGAAAAUCAAACUUUAUUCAGGAAAGGUGAGGUGGGUGAUUGGGUGAAUUAUCUCACUAUUCCAAUGGUAGAGCAGUUUGACCAACUCAUGGAAGAAAAGCUAUGUGGUUCAGGCUUAACUUUCGAUAUGUAUCCACAACAUAGAAAAUAAAGCAUUAGUAGUAAAUUUGCAGUUAUCUAAUAAGAAGCUUUAAUACGUACUGAUACUUUGAAGUUUGAUCCAUGCAAUACAUGUAACGCAUGCAAGUCAAUGCUUUAGCAUCCAACCUAGCACAAACACAUAAAAAUUAUCCCUAAGUUGUGGGAUGAAUGA